AGGAAAUACUUCUCCUUUCCUAUAAUCUCUUACAACACACAGGAAAGUCAGUUGCGUGCAGGUUCCCACCAGUGUCUGUGUAGCCUCCAGGCACUGCUCAUGAGUCGCUACAUCAACAACACAGCAGCAUGGAACCAGAUGGUAAUUGGUAAAUUAUCUUCUCUCUACCUGAAAAAAAAACCUCGGCCGAUGAUGAUGGGGAGUCCCCGUGACACCUGGUGGCUGCACAUCCUUGUUUACCCUCUUUUCUUUGUUCAGAUAAUUCAAGGGUCUGCACUGCUGGACUCUUUAAACUGUGUCAAUGACUAUAUUAAUCACUGGAAGUGUGAAUGGAAAGAAAAUGUGACAGCUCACAAACUUCUUCCAAUGACCCUCUAUAAGUGGAACACUUUAGACAGCACCAGAAAACCCUGUGUCCCAUCCCAGCACGGUGAAGGUCCAGAACUGAGAAUGAGCUGUAUUAUUUACGAUACAGAAUUCAUCAUCAACAUGAAUGAAUAUUUCACCCUCCUCCCCAAAAGAGAUGUACGUCAAGGGGUCACCAUCGUACCAGCCUACAAUGUCAGGACAUACCCCCCACGAGGGCUUGUGAGUCGCAUGUUGGACAAUGGAACUGUCAUUCUGAGCUGGAAGAGCCCUGUCCGCUCGGACUUCCACCUGACUAUACUCUACCAGAUUACAUACCGAAGGCAGGACUGGGAGGGAUGGAAGAGUUCAGCUUCUGUUAACGUGAAGAAGAAACUGAAUGUGAGUCUCAGUCCUGACCUGUUUGUCCCGGGGAGCACAAACAUCUUCAGAGUUCGUACUCUGCCCCAUAAUGGAGAGCACCCCAGCGGUUCCUGGAGCAAAUGGAGUAAAGAGCUACCCAUGAAAAUCCCUGAAGGUGAUACUGCAGCCCCUCGCAACCUGCAGUGUAAAUACAAUGGCUUGACAAAGAUGAGGUGCACUUGGGAGGUGCACAAAGAAGUAACCCCGGUGGUUUCCUAUGUUCUGUACUACACUGAGUGGCCGGCAGGGGCCAAGAGUAACGCCCAGUCAUCCCAUAAUGCCUUUGUCCCUCGGAAGAACUCAUGUUUGCCAAAUAAAAAGGCUAGAAACAAACCUGGUGUGCCCUAUGUAAUGUACAGCUGUAUACUGGAUCUUACCCCACAACAAGUGCACAGGUCAUUUUCUAUCCAAGUCAGACCCCUGAAGGAAGUGAAGACAUUCAUACCCUAUCAGACUGUCCAGCCCCAGCCACCAAGGAACCUCAAAGUAGAGGAGUAUUCAGACUCAUAUAUGUUGAGAUGGAGCUCUCCGCAACCAAACACUAUAAAACUAAGAUACCAGCUAUGUUAUUGGAAGGAGGAUGAUCCAGAGUGCCCUUCAUUUUCUUUGAUGAAUGUCUCUGAUAAUGUUUAUGAAUAUUAUAUACUGGGCUCUGACCUCAAGGAAUUGAGCAACUACACAGCCAAAGUUCGAUCAAGAAGUCAUGGGAUCUACAGUGGUCCCUGGAGUGACUGGAGCCAAAGGAUUUCCUGGAAGAAUGAAAAAGCUGCAGCUGCAGACAACCCGAUCAUUUUCAUUGUGACACCAAUAUGUGUUUUGGUGCUGCUGGCUUGUUCGUAUAUUGGCUAUAAACUCAUCAAGAGAUCCCAGGAAAGGUGGGAAGUCUCAUUACCUAACCCCAGCAAGAGCAAGCUUCUAAGCAAUUAUCAGUUGGGAUUCUGGCAGCCUGGAGAAUUUACAUACUUCACUGAAGAAUACUCUGGUGAUGGAGAGGGGCCUUGCAUCUGCUUCCCUCAAAGCGGUCAGGCACAAAAAGCUUGGGACACGGAAGAAAAUGCAGAAGAGAUAGUAACAAAGAGCAAUAGUACUCAGCUUGAAACAUGUCCUAUUCUUCCACCUAAAGCAGACAUGGCAGAAGAUCAGCACUCUAUACAAGAUCAGAGUGAUGCUGGUGAGACACAUAGUUCUACUGCGUUGCCUCAUAACCCUCCAGUAGAACAAGCAACCAAACUGCAACAUAAAAGUCCUUACCUGUUGUUUACCCGUGCUCAUUCAAUGUCAGAUUUGGUAGGCAAGAAAAUACAAAAGUCUGAAUAUUUUACUCUUCCAAGACCCAAAGGUGAAAUAUUUGGUGAUCCCUCGAAAAUGUCACCAUCUUGCCGGCCUGUGUCUGCUCAGGAACCACUGGGUUAUGUAUUUAGGAUGGGAGCACAACAAUCUUUUCAUCCACCAGAAAAUCUGGUUCAAAAGGGACACAAUACACAAUGUACCAGUUUAAUGCCUGUUCCCUCACCUUCAGAAUCCCAAGCACCUAUGGAAGGACCAGUUCUGGUAAUAACGCCAGAUGGUACAGGGCCGCUGAAGCAGAUUGGAGAUUAUUGCUUUUUCCCAGGACUCGAUGGAAGCCAGGAGAAGUUAGAAGUAAAGAAGGCACAACCCAGUGGGCACGGGGAGCAGCAGAUAAUUCAAAACUUACCUCCGCACGCUAUAAAAGCAUUUAAAGUUAUGCAACGGGGUUAUUUCGCUUUGCCACAAAACUGAAGC